CUGCACCUCACCAGAGUAACAUGUUGCCUCCUCGCAGUGAGCUCUGAUCACAGGCAGAAGAAGGACCUCAACUCCUCACUUUGGACUCCGUUGGAGAAGCAGAAAGAUCAAAGCUCACGGUCGCCUGCCUCAAUUUGUCACCUGAAUCCAAAGGAGCAGAAGAAGGAUGCAACGGACGCCAAGAGAGGAACUGCUGAGAAGUUGGCCCGCUUCCACCCGUCAGUCCGUCCAGGCAUCACAACCCGCCAGAGUUCAUUAGAAAGACUAGCCUUUGAGGGCGAGGAAGAGGAGCACAAGCCCAACUUUCACGUGCAUGCGUUUUGAUCGGUAAAGGGAGCAGGAACAUCCGUCCAGAGGCAGCUACCCAUGUGGCAGGAGGCCCUGUGGACCCGUGGACGCUACCUGCUGGAGAAGAGCGAUGGGGGCGAAGGUGCCGACGGACCGGAGAGUUUUGGAGACGGGUGCUCGGGGUUCCAGAGUGAGGUCUACGUGGAAGGCGAGAAGCCUCAGGACUGGCUAUACGAGUCCUACUACAGAAUGAGCCAGCAGCAUCCGCUGAUCGUGUUUCUGCUGCUGAUCGUCAUGGGAACCUGUCUGGCGCUGCUGGCCGUGUUCUUCGCUUCAGGGCUGGACACAGAGGACCACCUGGCCUUCCUGAUCACCGUGCCCACUGCUCUCUUCCUCUUCCUCUCCAUCUUCAUCCUCGUCUGCAUCGAGUCGGUUUUUAAGAGGAUGCUCCGCCUCUUCUCCCUCCUUAUAUGGGCGUGUCUGGUCACUAUGGGCUACUUGUUCAUGUUCUCAGGUGGGAUUCUCAGCCCAUGGGACCAGGUGUCUUUCUUCCUGUUUAUAGUGUUUGUUGUGUACACAAUGCUGCCCUUCUCCAUGAGAGCGGCCAUUAUUGCCAGUGCCAUCACCUGCUUCUCACACACUGUGACCCUCAGCAUCUGCCUGGCCUCCACUAUCUCGGAACUGGAACCUCUAAUCUGGCAGAUCUUAGCCAAUGUGAUCAUCUUCACCUGUGGUAACCUGGCUGGAGCGUACCACAAGCACCUCAUGGACCUGGCUCUGAAGCAGACCUACCAGGACACCUGCAACUGCAUCAAGUCCCCCAUCAAGCUGGAGUUUGAGAAGUACCAGCAGGAGCGCUUACUUUUAUCCCUGCUACCAGCUCAUAUAGCUCGAGUGAUGAAAGCUGAGAUCAUCCAGAGGCUGCAGGGACCCAAUUUUGGCAGGACUGAAAACACCAACAACUUUCACAACCUCUACGUGCAGCGGCACACCAACGUCAGCAUUCUGUAUGCUGACAUUGUGGGAUUCACCAGGCUGGCCAGUGACUGCUCUCCAGGGGAACUUGUGCACAUGCUGAAUGAACUCUUUGGCAAGUUUGACCAGAUUGCAAAGGAAAACGAGUGCAUGCGAAUCAAGAUCUUGGGAGAUUGUUACUACUGUGUGUCCGGCCUGCCUGAAUCACUGCCUCACCACGCCAGGAACUGCGUGAAGAUGGGCUUGGAUAUGUGUGAGGCCAUCAAGAAGGUCCGAGAUGCCACUGGAGUUGAUAUCAACAUGCGUGUUGGUGUUCAUUCUGGAAAUGUCCUCUGCGGUGUGAUCGGCCUCCGCAAGUGGCAGUACGAUGUGUGGUCACAUGAUGUAACACUAGCCAAUCACAUGGAGGCAGGUGGUGUGCCAGGGAGGGUCCACAUCUCUUCAGUGACACUGGAGCAUUUGAAAGGAUCAUACAAGGUGGAGCCUGGAGACGGACAGAGUCGAGACUCCUACCUGAAAGAGCACGGAGUGAUCACCUACCUGGUCAUCAAUCCUAAGACUGACAAGCACAGCCCUCUGCUGGCUGCGCGCUCUCGGCCCUCUCUGGACGGGGGCAAGAUGAGAGCGUCUGUCAGGAUGACCCGCUAUCUGGAGUCCUGGGGUGCCGCCAAGCCGUUCGCAAAUCUUCACCAUCGAGACAGUAUGACCACAGAAAACGGCAAAAUCAACACUGCUGAUGUUCCAAUGGGGCAGUAUCAUCUUCAGAGAAGAGAAAGGUCCAAAUCUCAGAGGAGGCGGUUUGAGGAGGAACUCAAUGAGCGGAUGAUUCGCACGAUUGAUGGCAUUAACUCGCAGAAACAGUGGCUGAAGUCUGAGGACCUCCAGAGGAUCUCAUUGUUCUUUCACAACAAAGCUCUGGAGAAAGAGUACAGGUCCACCACACUGCCUGCCUUCAAGUACUACGUCACCUGUGCCUGCCUCAUAUUUUGCUGUAUUUUCAUCGUGCAGGUCCUGGUUUUGCCCAAAACGGCCGUGUUGGGGAUCUCCUUUGGCCUGGCAUUCCUGUUUUUGGCUCUGAUCCUGCUCUUGUGCUUUGCUGGUCACGUUCUGCAGGGAAGGAAGGAUCCGCUGUGCUCACUUCCCUGGUUCUCCACUUCCUCCCGCAUCAUCGUGACCAAUAACCCCUGGCUACGAUUGGUCCUUACCAUGACGACCACUGCGCUCAUAUUGGUGAUGUCUGUCUUUAACAUGUUCUUCUUAGAGGAUGAAGUGCUGCCAACUCUUCCCAUCAAGAACUUAACCAAUGACAGCCUGUUGGACCCUCGUGGCUCUACGGUCUUUACAAAAGAUAAGUUUUACCUGCCAUACUUCAUCUACUGCUGCAUACUUGGCCUGGUGUCCUGCUCUGUGUUUCUGAGGAUCAACUACGAGCUGAAGAUGGUGGUGAUGCUGGUUGCCGUGGUGAUAUAUAACAUCAUCAUCCUCCAGACGCAUGCCUCCCUGCUGGAUAGUUUUAGUGAAGCACAGUAUCGCACGGAGACCCUGGAAAGACCAGGUGUCCUGAAGGACCUGAAGACCAUGGGCUCUGUGUCUCUCUUCAUCUUCUUCAUCACUUUGCUGGUAUUAGCGAGGCAGAAUGAAUAUUACUGCAGGUUGGACUUUCUGUGGAGGGACAAGUUCAAGAGGGAGUGCGAGGAGAUUGAAACUAUGGAGAACCUCAACCGAGUUCUGCUGGAGAAUGUUUUACCUGCCCAUGUUGCAGAGCACUUCCUAGGCCGCCACUGGAAGAACGAGGACCUAUAUCACCAGUCGUACGAGUCGGUGUGCGUGAUGUUCGCCUCCAUCCCGGACUUCAAAGAGUUCUACACUGAGUCUGAUGUUAAUAAGGAAGGACUGGAGUGCCUCCGUCUCCUCAACGAGAUCAUAGCAGACUUUGAUGAGCUGCUGUCCAAGCCGAAAUUCAGCGGCGUGGAGAAGAUAAAGACCAUCGGGAGCACGUACAUGGCUGCAACCGGACUCAACGUGACCCCUGGACCAGAGUGCGCACAGGAACAUGACAGACAGUACAUGCACAUCGGCACCAUGGUGGAGUUCGCGUUUGCUCUCGUGGGAAAGCUUGACAUCAUCAAUAAACACUCCUUCAAUGAUUUCAGACUCAGAAUAGGGAUAAACCACGGGCCAGUGAUUGCGGGUGUUAUUGGGGCCCAGAAACCGCAAUAUGACAUCUGGGGAAACAGCGUGAACGUGGCCAGUAGAAUGGAGACCACAGGAGUACUUGGAAAAAUCCAGGUCACUGAGGAGACGAGUCGUAUUUUAUCAGGUCUGGGGUACUCGUGUUCCUGCCGAGGCAUCAUCAACGUGAAGGGCAAAGGAAAGCUCAAGACCUACUUUGUUCACACAGAGAUGAGUCGAUCUCUGUCACAAGGGACCGUGAUGCCUUGAACGCACCACACCGCUGAACAAACACACUCUCCCUCAGAAUGUGAUUAGUCACGCUGCUUUCUAACUGUAUCCCAUCACCAGAAGCCAGCAGAGCCGCUUUUGUGCCGAGUGCAGUGCCGAGGUGCACGCACCCACUUUACUCCUUCAGCGCUGCUCUUUAGAGGCUUCUCACAUCUCAAGCAUCACAAGCACUUUGUACGAAGGAGUCUCUGAAGAAGCGGAGGUCUGCUGAAUAAGUGAAGCUUUUGAAGGCUGUAGUCACUCAUCUGUACAAUAACGGCGGUGUGCUGCUACAAGUGCAUCACGUUACACUUGAGCAAACGGAACUGCCUGCCGAGGUGUUUUUCAUGUGACUGGUUGGCACCAGGAGACAAUUUUGUUCCCUUUUAAUCUAAAUGGAUGUUAGAAUAGUUAAUUGUCAUGUAGAGGAAUUUGCGAGUGUGGUUGGUCGUUUGCCAAAACCUGCAAAUUAUAGUUUUUGCUUUGGAGCAUCGUUUCUAACAGUAAGUCGCCUCAGACACAACAUUCCAGAGGAAACUAGAGCUUUUUUUUAAUAAUCCAUUUGAAAUCAAUAGAAAUGUGUGGAAAACAUUCGCUGUCCAUCAUUUUGGUAUUCAUUAAAUUUUUUUUACAUAU